AUGCCACCUCAUCUACACCCGCGUUCUACGGCAACAUCGACCCUCUUUGCCGGGACACUCCUCGCCUCCUUCAUCGUCGUGGGCAUCCCUCACGUGUUCCCCUGCCCAAGGCCGCGGACGGGAUAUGCGGCGGAUGCGGGGCGGAUAGAGCUGGACGAGGACGGAAAACCUGUGCGACGACAAGUUAAGCAAGGCACUAAAUCAACAACUACGGGGAGGCUAUCAGAAGGCCAAUGCGCAUCGCAAGUUGCAGAGGAAGAUCAUCAACAACAGCAGCAGCAAAUACAGCAGCAACCUCGCAAAGCUCCGCAAGCUCUGCGACAGGGCCUGGCCACGACGAAGAAUCUCGACGAGGAAGCCGCCUUGUUUAGGGAACUCCAAGCCGAGGCAGACGCAUUGGAAAAGGAGGCCAGGUCAGCGAGGGAAUGUCCCGUGCCGAAACCGAGGGGAUGGGUCGGGAGGAUCCUCGGAUUCGAGGACCAGGAUACGAAAGUGGUGGACAAGGAAGGCGGAUGA